AUGGGUUUCUGCAGCAACGGCACUGAAGAGAGUGAACUAUAUCACGCUCAAAUCCACCUCUACAAACACGUGUACAACUUUGUCAGCUCUAUGGCUCUCAAGUCCGCCAUGGAACUAGGCAUAGCGGACGCAAUCCACAGCCACGGAGAACCCAUGACCCUUUUCGAGUUGGCAUCUGCACUGAAACUGCACCACUCCAAAGUCUGUGUUCUCCACCGCUUCCUGCGCCUUCUGACCCACAACGGGUUCUUCACCAAAACAACUGUGGCGUCACGUAAAGAAGGAGGAGGAGGAGGAGAAGAAGAAACAGUGUAUGAUCUCACCCCUCCUUCCACGCUUCUAAUCCGAAGCAAGUCAACGUGUUUGGCACCCAUAGUUAAGGGUGCACUUCAUUCGAGUUCCCUCGACAUGUGGCACUUCUCCGAGAAGUGGUUCACUGAGGAUAAGGAGCUCACACUGUAUGAGAGUGCCACGGGGGAGAGUUUCUGGGGCUUUUUGAACAAAGCCACUGAGUCUGAUACGCUUGGCAUGUUUCAAGACGCCAUGGCAGCAGAUUCUAGAAUGUUCAAGAUGGCUCUGGAAGAGUGCAAGCAUGUGUUUGAGGGAUUGGGUUCCCUUGUCGAUGUGGGUGGCGGGAAUGGUGCUCUCACCAGGCUCAUCAAUGAAGCCUUCCCUCACCUUAAAUGCACGGUGUUUGAUCAACCACAUGUUGUGGCUAAUUUGACUGGAACUGAAAAUUUAAACUUUGUAGGUGGAGAUAUGUUCAAAUCCAUCCCUUCUGCUGAUGCAGUUUUACUCAAGUGGAUUCUGCAUGAUUGGAACGAUGAGCUAUCAGUGAAGAUAUUGAAGAAGUGCAAAGAAGCUAUUUCUGGUAAAGGGAAAGAAGGAAAGGUGAUAAUCAUAGACAUAGCAAUUGAUGAAACAAAUGAUGAUCGUGAAUUGACUGGGUUGAAGCUGGACUAUGACUUGGUGAUGCUCACCAUGUUCAAUGGAAAAGAAAGAGAGAGAAAAGAGUGGGAGAAACUUAUUUAUGAUGCAGGCUUCAGCAGCUACAACAUUACCCCUAUUUGUGGCUUCAAAUCUCUUAUCCAACUUUAUCCUUAG